UUUGAUUUUAACUAUUGCUCUGUAGAUUAUUUAAUAUUUUUCCAAUUAUUAUUUGAAUUUUGAAGAAAAAUUUCAGUGACAUUGACAAUUGAUCAGUGGUGUAUUAAUUGUUUUAAUGUAAUAUGGCAUUAAUUGAAGAUUGGCCAAUUGUUGUGGAUAAUGGUGCAGGACAUUUAAAAGCUGGUUAUGCUGGUGAUGGUGGACCAAGAAUUCUUAUACCAAUGUUAAUAGGUCGACCAAAAAAUUGUUCAAAAUAUACUGAUUGGUUUGUUGGUGAACAUGCAAAUGCUUUACAAAAUGAAUUAAUUCUUAAUUGUCCUAUAGCUAAUGGAAUGGUUACAGAUAUUGAUAAUUUAUCAUUAGUAUGGUAUUAUAUGUUUAUGAAAGAAUUACGUACUAAUCCAGAAAAUCAUCCUAUAUUAAUUAGUGAAUAUCCAUUAUUACCAAAAUUUAAUCGUGAGAAAUUAGCUGAAAUGAUAUUUGAAAAAUUUCAUAUGCCUGGUUUAUAUUUCACUGAUCAAUCAGCACUUGCUUUAUAUGCAUAUGGUCUUACAUCUGGUAUGGUUAUUGAUGUCGGUACAGAAAUGUCUAAUAUUACACCAGUGAAUAAUACAAUUUUUAUACCGAAUGCUGUAAGACGUCAAAAUUUUGGUGGAUCACAUAUCACUGAAUUAUUUCGUUAUAUGCUAGCUGAACAACAUCCUUUAGCAGCUACAUCGAUAUCACGUGAUUUUGCACGUCUUUUAAAAGAGAAACUAUGUUUUAUUUCAAUUAAUCCAGAGGAUGACAAAAAACAAUUGAAUUCAAUUUCUGAUGUACAAAAUAUUCAUCAUACACCUGAUGGUCAUGUUUUACGUUUAACUAAAGAAAGAUUUAUGGCACCGGAAUUAUUAUUCUCUCCAAGACAGUCAGGUUUAAUUGGUACAACAGGAUUACAUAAUAUCAUACAUGAAUCAAUUCAAAAAUGUCCAUUAGAUUUACAGUCAACAUUAUAUUCAAAUAUUGUAUUAAGUGGAGGUAGUACAUUAUUUCCAGGAUUUGCACAACGUUUAGAAAAUGAAUUAAGCCGAUUAACUACACAAUCAAUUCAUCAACGAAUAGUGGUGCAUAGAAAACAAAAUGAUCAAAAAUAUGCUGUAUGGAUUGGUGGUUCAAUUUUAGCUUCAUUAAGUUCAUUUAAAGAAAUUUUUAUACAAAAGAAAGAAUAUGAUGAAAAUGGUGCAAGAAUUGUACAUACAAGAUAAAAAUUCAUGUUCACUAAACCAAAAAAACAACAAACAAAAAUCUUAUUGACAAAAUUUAUGAGACACUUUUGAAUGAACCGCCAAAAAACUAAGGAUUGAUCAAUAUUUUUGAAACAAAAUAUGCAUUUUGAAUCAUUAAAAAAAAAAAAGAAUCGAGUUAACACAUACGAAAACACAACUAUUCUAUUAUUUAUUCUAUUAUACACAAAUGUAGUUGAAUAAACUUAUUAUCAUCAUCAUCAUCAAUAUUCCAAUAAGUGAUUUGAUUCCAUUGAACAUUGAACGGUAAUGGGCAUGAUUAUUGAAUGUUGACAUUUCAUUUUGUGUACUUACUUACUUUGUCUAAUUGAGAAAUUAUGAUGUAAUUUACAGAUUCUGUAUAAAUUGUUUCUUCUUAUUUUUUUUUGUGUGUCAACUAAUCUUUAAUGAUAUGGGAACAAGAAAGAUGUAUAAAAUUAUUUUUUUACUCAAUAAAAUUAUAUAAUUCAUUA